ACAGAGAGCUUCAGUAGCAACCAGAGGGAGAACAUGAAGGAGCUGCUGAGUCCCUGAAGAUCUCAACCGGUUGCCAUGGGAAACACAGACAGUCACAGCAGCUUCGUCCCUGCUCCCAAGUCCUCCUCCACGCUCAGGUUCUCCUCCAGGAGGGAGGAGGCGCCGUCAGCUCGCGGCUGGUGGAGGAGCAACCAGGGAGGCGGCAGCAGGAGCAGGGGGAGGAGCCACCCGAACCAGCACGCCGCUGCCGCACCCCCGUGCACCUCCUGGCAUUAUGAACACGCGCCCAAGCCCACAUCUCCUCAGAGGUUGGUGAGAGGGAGCCCGUUUGGCCUCGUGGAGGACGGUGGCGAGCAGAGCCCCGUGGAGAGCGGCGGCAGCCCGAAGGUGCUGCUCGGCAGAGACGGAAACAUGAGGGUGGAGUUCACCAACACCAGGGGAGUCCCUGUGGAGCCUCAGGGCCCCCCCUCCCUCCCAGCCCCCGUCACCGCCGAACCGUCGCUCCGCACCAGCAACGGCAGCUCGCUCAGCUCCGAUAGCUCCUGGUACGACUCGCCGUGGGGCGCCGCCGGCGAGCUGGCCGACAACGUCUUCGCGGCCAACCGGUUCACCGAGGAGGCCGCCGCCGCCAGCACCACCAGCAGGGAAUACAUCACCGUCUUCUCAGCCCAGGUGGACCUCUCAGCCGGCUCCUCCUCCUCGGCCGACAACGCCGACUUGGCGGUCCUGGCCGCCGGUUACAACACCUGCUCCUCCGGGCGAACCGAGGACAGCGGCAUCGGAGACUCGGUGAUCAUCCAGGCCGACCUGACGGACUUCGGCCCUGCCUCGCCGGACGGCGUCCACCACAGCGCGCUGCCCUCCUUCCCCACCGACACCACGUCACGGCCGACCCCCGGCUCCUCGGCGCUCCUGCUGCCGCUAGAUGAUGUCAUCCAAGAGAAGGAGGAGUCAGGAGGAGGCGUCGCGAAGCAGCGUUACUCCUCAGUGACCUUACCCAGCCGCAAGGACUUCCUGAAGAGCCGAAUCAGACGAAUCAGCGACUGGACAGGAAGUCUGAGCAGGAAGAAGCGGCGGAUCCAGGAGACAAACGACAGUCAGACCACCGACGUCUGCAUCGACCGGCCGGACUGCACCACCAUGUGGGCGUCCAACCCUCUCCUCACCCGGAACCAGAACCAGUUCCCAGCGUUGCACUGUGGGUCCUCGAACAGCCUGACCCAGAACCAGAACCAGAACCAGAGCAGCGAGGUCCAGCGGCGGAUCGUCUAUGAAAGCUUCAUGCAGGAGCUGCAGACCGUCUGCAGCAGCACGGCGGAGCAGACGGAGCCGUCGGAGGAGGAGGAGGAUGAUGAGGAGGACGAGGAAGAAGAGGAGGAGAUGGAGGAAGACGAGGAGGUGGGAGGAGGCCAGCGGCUGGACCUGAUGGAGGAGGAGCAGGGCGCGGUGCGGCGGGCCGGGUGGCUCUCCUUCAAAGCUCUCAUCGGCGUCAGCAGAGACAGGAAGCUGGAGCUGGUGGCUCGACGCAGGUGGAGACAGUACUGGGUCACUCUGAGAGGCUGCUCUCUGCUGUUCUACCAGUCGUACGGGGGGGGCGCCGCCGAGCCGCAGCUUCCGCCUCGCUUCCUGCUGCCGGCGGCCGACGGCCUGGUGCAGGCGGCCCCCGAGCACCCCAGGAGGGAGCACGUCUUCUGCCUGAGCAACGCGCACGGAGACGUCUACCUGCUCCAGGCCACCAACCAGACCGACCUGGAGAACUGGGUGACGGCGCUCCACUCUGCGAGCGCCUCCCUGCUGGCGAGGCGUCAGGGGAAGGAGGACACGUUGCGCCUCCUGCGCUGCCGCUGCCGCUCGCUGCUGCGCAGCAUCGACAUGGACGGGAAGAUGAAGAAGAUGGCGGAGCUGCAGCUGUCCGUCAUCAAGGAGCCGAGGAGCAGGAAGGCCGUGGAGAGCCAGAUCCAGCAGUGGGACCAGAACCUGGAGAAACUGAACCUGGAUCUGUUCCGUCUGCGCUGCUAUCUGAGCAGCCUGCAGGGCGGCGAGCUGCCCAACCCCAAGAGCCUCCUCGCCGUGGCCAGCCGGCCCUCCAAGUGCAUGCUGGGACGCCUCGGGGUCUUCUCCGUGUCAUCCUUCCAUGCUCUGGUGUGCAGCAGAGACGAGGCGACCUGCAGGAGGGGGGGGGCGGCGCCGUCCUCUCUGAGGGUUCUGGACGGACUGAAGAGACGCUGCCGUGACGCCACACUCUCCAAGUUGCAGAGAAAAGAGCAGACGGAGGCGGCGCCCCCUGCUGGGCGCCCUGCAGCCCUACAGGUGUGGGAUGAGCUGCAGCCUCCAGGUGUUUUCACUCUGAACAUCUGUCGACUCGACGCCGCCAAAGACUUUGGCUUCACAGUGACGGGACACGUGGACGGAGACGGGAAAAGUCUCGUCUACGUCAGCGAGGUCGACCUGCUGGGACAGUCGGCCCGAGAGGUGGUACACAACAUCGUGGUUUUGCUUUGUCCUCAGAGCGUGGAGCGGGUUCACGACCUCUACCAAACUUUCCCAGAGGGCCGAGCGGCGGAGGGCGACCUUCCCAGAAACCCGUACGGCCGAGACGCCGCCCUGCAGCCCCCAAGCCCCGCCCACCUGAGCGUGUGUGAGCGUCUGCGUAAAGUCAUCCAGGAACUAGUCGACACGGAGAAGUCCUACGUCAAGGAUCUGGUCCGUCUCUUUGAGGUCUACCUGAGUCCACUGCAGAAGGAGAACUUCCUCAGUAAAGAAGAGAUGGAGGCAUUGUUUGGAAGCCUGCCGGAGAUGUUGGACUUCCAGAGAGUUUUUCUUCAGACGCUGGAGGAGAGGAUCGCCUCCUGCCCUGACUUUGGCCACCUGGAAACUCCCGGAGAAUUCAAGCAUCUCCUCUUCUCGUUGGGAGGAUCGUUCCUCUACUACGCCGACCACUUCAAGCACUACAGCGGCUUCUGUGCCAACCACCUGAAGGUGCAGAAGGUCCUGGAGAGAGCCAAGACAGACGGAGCCUUCAAGUUCUUCUUAGAGACCAGGAACCCGACCAAUCAGCACUCGUCCUCUCUGGAGUCGUACCUGAUCAAACCGGUCCAGAGGGUCCUGAAGUACCCGCUGCUGCUGAGAGAGCUGGUGUCUCUGACGGAGGCCGAGAGCCCAGAGCACACUCACCUGACAGAGGCGCUGAGAGCGAUGGAGAAGGUGGCGACUCACAUCAACGAGAUGCAGAAGAUCUACGAGGACUUCGGCUGCGUGUUCGACCAGCUGACCGCAGAGCACAGCUCACCUGACAGACAGGUGACGGAGAUCUCCAUGGCGGAGUUCCUGGUCCACUCGUCGGUGGUCUGGCUGAACCCUCUGCCCGCUCUCCGUCGGCUGAGGAAGUCGCCGGAGCUCACUCUGUUCGUGUUCAGACGGGCCGUCGUCCUGGUCUACAGAGAGAGCGGCAAGCUGAAGAAGAGGAUGGCCGCCUCCCGCUCAGCUGACCUGGACCCCUUCAGGUUCCGCUGGUUGAUCCCCGUGUCGGCGGUUCAGGUCAGACCAGCCGGCGUCACAGGCUCGGAGGAUCAGUGCGUGUGGGAGCUGGUCCACAGCCGCUCGGAGGUGGAGGGACGACCGGAGACCGUGUUCCAACUCUGCAGCAGCGGUUUGGAGACGAAGGCCAGCGUUCUUCGAGCUCUGCGCUCGCUCCUCAGGGACAGAGCGCCGGCCGGCUCCGUGAGGAGGACCAGGCCGGCGGCGGCCGAGAGGAGCAGCUCCUGGAGGAGGCGGCAGCAGAGGAGGACGCCUCCUCGUCGGGGGGAGGAAACCUGCUCGGAGCCUCUGCUGCCCAGCCGAGCCGCCGCCGACCUGGCGGGGAAGAGGACCAGACUCCGCUCCCUCACCGGCGAGCUGGAGGCCCAGCUGCAGAGGCUGAACUUCACCGAGCAGGAGGCGGAGCACCGGAGGAGCCAGGAGCAGAGGCGGAGCUCCAGUCUGAGACGGUGUCCUGGAGGAGAGGUCCCGGACCUUGGUGGCUUCAUGGAGAGAGACUUCAGCGUUCAGAGCAUGACCUCCAUGAUCAACGAGGACUGCUUCUACGACCCCACGCUGGGGAGACAGACGUGCUAACGUGCUAACGUGCUAACGUGGCGAGACUGAAGCUUCAAGGCUACUGGAGCUACACUCCAGAUGCCGGAGACCUUCCAUCAGACCCGAUGGUGUUUUCUGACCUCCAUCACCGGGACGUUCUGGUUUUCACUGCAACAUUUCUGAGUGACGAACAAGCUCUCGUCUCUCAAGAUGCUCACAGACGACGGGAAGAAAUUAAAUUCCAACAAAACCACGGUGUGUUUUCUUUAGAAACACCCGACAUGAACUGGAAUGAAAUCAUAAAUAUCAGGGGGUUUUCUCUCCUACUGUUACUGCAACUUGUUAAAAUUUGACUUCAUUCUAGACAUUCAAAUUAGCAGGUUAAAUAUGAUUAAAAACAUUUGUUUAAAUAACUACAUAUAUUUUCCCCAAAAAUCUAAUGUUAAAUAUAAUUUUAAAUAAUAAAUCUUAAUAUCCUUUAAAUCAAAAACUGAAAUCCUUUAAUAAUAAUAAACACAACAAUGAUAAAAUCCAGAAACGAAUGUAUUGAUUCUAUCUUUUGAGACUUAUUUGUAUUUUUAACACAUGGGUUAUAAUAUAAAGACUCAAAGCUGCAUUUCCUGCAGUUUGUAUUUUUUAUGAAGCUCUUUUUCCGAUGGAUAAUUUAAGAUUUUACUGUGAGAAGACUUUUUUAGUAUUUUGUUGCACUGCCUAAACCCGUCUUUAUAUUUUCAUCGUAUUGUUGAAAAUGUUUUACUUGUACAGUUUAUUCUCAUUUAUAGUUUUUCUGUUUAACAGAUAUUUUCAUGACAUAAGCAGUUUGGAGUUAAAUGUGUGGAGCUGCUGGAUCACAGCCUUCUUAUUUAUAUGUUUAGUUUUGAGACAAGUAUUUGGUAAUAUAUUUUCUUAAACAUUUGUGUACAUCUUUUUUUAUGACUUGUUGCUGUUAAAAUCCAAUAAAUCAGGACUUCAUGAAUAUUAGAUUUUAAAUGAUUAUUUGUGAAAUUCCACUCCAGGUUUAAAAAUGAAAAACAAGUUGUAAUAUUCUCUGCGUUUCCCUGGCAACAACCACAUUAGUAACGUUACAUACCUUGGUUGCAGUUU